UUCCUUCUUCCUCUUUCUUUCUAUAUUUAUUAAAUAUAUUUAACUAUAUUUAAUAUUUAUUUUUUUAACUGUCAACACUGUUAACUAACUGUCAAAUGACAAACUGUCAAACGACACGAAUGAAGCAAGUCACACGAGUGAAGCAAGCGCAUGAACAAGACAACCAAUCAAGAUCGCGGAAAAGCGACAACAAUGUCAAUAACAUGCCCUUUUUAGAUUGGGAUAUCAUAAUGAUGAAUGAUUUAAUUAAAAUAAAGAAAACAGUGCAGUGUUAUUUGAGUCAUUUGUUAUACGAACAUCGUAAUUUAUCAUUUGGACAUAAUUUUUUAUCUGCUUAAAGUGUGGAAUAAACACAAACGUAAAAACUAUGAUAUUUGGAGCAAAUAUAUAUAAAUUGAUGGGAAUGGCAUCGUUAAUUCAAUCGUGAUUAGGACUGGUGCAAGAUGCAACCAUUCGAACGCAGCGGUAAGUGCAUAGUUUUUUUCGAUCAAGAUCAAACAACAGAUGAAAGACAUAUCUGAAAUAUGUUUUUACAAGCAAUGCGUGCGUUCAUAAUAUUACUGCUAUUCGCUUUCGGCGCGUUAGCUUACGAUAACGAUGUUGAGGAAAUCGACAAUUCAAAUACAGGAAUAAUUAUUCCCAUCAAGAAUGGCGUUCUUCAAGUAAACAUCACAAAUCGCAUCAUAAUUCUCAAUCUUACGAAAAAUGACGGUGAGAACAUGAUAAACGUUCUUCAUACAAAGACUCCGCCGCAAACGCUGUCGAGUCCCUUCGAGUUUGAACAAAAUUGUGGCGGUAGUAAUAGACUUUGCAUAAAAAGUGCCAACGUUACGCUCACUACCAUUUAUGCUAAUACGGAUCACGAGAUCAUCAGCGUUACUCGCGUGGUAGCUGAUCCCGCCGCUGAGCUUGUCGAUUGUUACCAGUUCACCGAGGGUACACAAUGGUUCGGUGGACCGGAAUUCCGCUAUCAGUUCUGGCCCGUGCAACACAUGUACUAUGAGGAAGAACCAUACCUGCCGACACAUCCUCAAAACAUGGCAUUGUCCGAGCGUUACUGGUUAUCUGGCAAAGGAGUCUACAUCUACGUGAACGAGACAAAUCCGCUAUUCCUAGAUCAGAACAAUUACCGAGACAAUUAUAUAUGUCUGAUCGCAAAGAACAAAGCGCCCUAUCGACGUCGCGAUAGUGUCCAGCUUGAUUAUGAGCUAGGUGUCUUUCCAAAUCCGAAGGCCGCUCAUCAGCACGUGGUGAAAAAUCAUUUGGGUAAACCGACAGGUCAUCCUAACGAAAGAAUGAUUCGAUAUCCCAUAUGGUCCACCUGGGCCAGGUACAAGGCUAACGUAACUGAGAAAAUCGUGGAGUCUUACGCGGAUGAGAUUAUCGCCAAUAAAUUCAACAACAGUCAAAUUGAAAUUGAUGACAAUUGGGAAACUUGUUACGGCUCUGCCGUGUUUAAUCCAGUCAAGUUUCCCAAUGUCAGCGCUCUGGUGCGGCGAUUGAAACAGAAGGGCUUCCAUGUCACUUUAUGGGUACAUCCGUUCAUCAACCGAGGCUGCGAACCUGCAUAUUCCACUGCACUGAACAACUCAUAUUUUGUCAAAAAUCUCGACGGAAGCGUUCAAAUGUCGUGGUGGCAAGGUGUGAACGCCGCCACGAUCGAUUUCACGAAUCCGAAAGCGGUAAGUUGGUGGGUGGCGCGAUUGAAGCUCCUUCAGAAUCUUGGCAUUGAUAGCUUCAAAUUCGAUGCUGGCGAAGUGUCCUGGUUACCGCAGGUGGCGAAAUUGAAUGGCCCACUUGAUAUGCAGCCGGGAAUAUUUACGAAAGACUACGUCGAGGCGUUAGCAGCCAAUUUCAAUGAUAAUAUCGAGGUGCGGGUAGGAUGGCGUAGUCAGGAAUUACCGAUAUUCGUUCGGAUGAUCGACAAAGACACCAGAUGGACACAGGACAAUGGCUUGCCCACGUUAAUCACGACGCUACUUCAGAUGAAUCUCAACGGUUAUGUCCAUGUGUUACCGGACAUGAUCGGUGGCAACGGCUACCUGGACGGUUCACUUAAUGGCACGGAAUAUCCGCCUAAAGAGCUCUUUAUCAGAUGGCUGCAAACUAACGUCUUCAUGCCAUCGUUGCAAUAUUCGUUCGUGCCGUGGGAUUACGACAAUGAAACUAUUGCUAUCUGCAAGAAAUAUACCGAUUUGCAUGCUAAUCAAACGUCAGAGAUUCUAAACGCCAUGCAGCAGGCUAUCACUAAUGGCACGCCCGUAAAUCCACCUAUCUGGUGGGUCGAUCCAACCAAUAAGGAAGCUCAUAGAAUUAAUGACGAAUAUCUUCUUGGAGAGACUAUACUGGUUGCUCCAGUAAUUGAAGAAGGUGCCAUCAGUCGCGAUGUCUAUCUUCCUGCAGGAACAUGGUUUGAUCCAAAUCGAGGAACGAUCAUCAACGGACCAAAAUGGCUGAUAAACUAUCCUGCUCCCCUAGACACACUUCCGUACUUCAAGAAAUAUCACUAAUGAUGCUAAAGAGAAUUAAAGUCUCAUAUAUAAAAUAUUUAUUUGUACAAAUGAAUAUAAAGUAGCUACUUUAUAGCCAGCUGGCUAUGUACAAUCAUAGAUUUUUAUUCGAAGAUCGUAUGUAUGUUUUCUUCCAUUUUCUCUAAAAUUUUUGGGAUAUAAUGAACAGUUGUACAUAAGCAAUCUUAUAAACGGAAAAAUAAAAUUUAUAUAAUCUUAGUAAAA